UCGGGGAUUUGUUUUGACAAAAUAUGAACACCAUGUUAAAGUAAGGUGUCUUAUUUUAGAACAUGUGUACGCCUUGUACAGGUGACAGAAACCUCCCAACAGGGGACUGUUGUCAGUUCAGGGACAACUACCACGUGGCUGCGAGAAGGCUUUACUCCACGGGAGCUGUGAUGAGAUAAAUAGGAUGUAAGGGCUGUGUUAAUGUCAACCAUGUGGAGACGGUCGAUAAGUGCAAGCUACAGGUGUUACCUGACGUGCAAAAGUGGUGAACCUAAGGCGAUUGGGAGCUUCAAUGCCGUGCACACAUGCAGAAAUCCAGCUUUGCCUGCUAGCCGCAUCACAGCGCUCAAGGCGGUGAACUUUUGGAGCCGCCACUUUGAGAAGAGAGGUGUGACAGAGCCUGAGCUCUCCAGCCGCUACAUCAUUGCUCAUGUCCUAGGAGCUAAAACGAUAGAAAGUGUUGAGCAGGAGAGGUUAACAGAGUUCCUCAGCCAAGAAAAGACAGAGCAGGUUUGGCGACUUUGCACCAAACGUCUCUCUAGAAUGCCAGUACAGUAUAUCAUUGAGGAGUGGGACUUCAGAGACCUGACACUGAAGUUGAGGUCUCCUGUGUUCAUACCAAGACCCGAAACCGAGGAGUUGGUCGAACAUGUGCUCUCAGAUCUAAAGAGCAAGUCCAGAAGUGCUCAACAGACAUGCUUGGAAGUGGGAUGCGGUUCUGGUGCCAUUUCUCUUAGUCUGCUGACGAGUCUUCCUCAGCUUAAAGGAAUUGCCUUGGAUCAAAGCCAGGAUGCAGUGGAUUUAACCAGAGAGAACGCACGCAGGUUGGGGCUUGAUGACAGACUGCAAGUUUAUAAGAUUGAUAUCAUGAAAGAUGCAGAAACUGUGUUAAACCUGUGCAGCACCGUCUCAGCGUUGGUCAGUAACCCUCCAUACCUGUUUUCAGAGGAUAUGACUUCACUGGAACCUGAAAUUUCUAGAUUUGAAGACCAUGCAGCUUUAGACGGCGGCGUCGACGGCCUGAACGUGAUCAAGCAGAUUGUAACUUUGGCUCCUCACAUUCUGUCAAAGCACAGUCGUGUUUACUUGGAGGUGGAACCCAGACAACCCUCGCUUAUUCAGCGCUGGGUGGAGGUGAAUGUGGAAGAGCUGCAGUAUGUGGAAACACGACACGACAUCAACGGCAGGCCACGAUUCUGCAUCCUUCAGAGAGAAGAGUCAAAACCAGCACCAGACGCUCGAUAAGGAUUGAGAAGCCGAGAUCCUAUUAUGCCGGCCGUAGCUGCAGCCUCAACUCCUCUCCCCCACCGGAGGAGCUCCCUCCGAUGUGAUCUCUCAAAACUCCCAAUGUGCACAAUAACACAUAAUUUUCACAACACUGCCGCGCUUUUAACCUGCUUAUGAGCUAUGGUUGCACCUUGAAUCACAAUAACAGCGUGCGUGCGUGCGUGUGCAUACGCAGGCUCAAAGCUGAAGGUAAUUACCAAAGCUUUUCUUAGAACCCUCCCUCUCAGAAUCUCUCCCUCCUCCCAGGAAGCAUUCAGUAGUUCUGUGAAUCUGCUGAUGAACGGUCCUCCCCUUUGCUUGUGUACCCGCUGACUCAGAUGCAGGCCGUACGCUUUGUCGAGCGAAAGCACGCACACACACACAAUGUGGCCUUUACUUCCUCACAAAAUCAGCUUCUCCCACAUAUUUAAACCUCAGAAGCCACAGUCUCUGUGUUUCAAAGGUGAUUUAUGGUGAAAUGUUUCGUAAUAAAUGUCACAAGAGCAGUCAUCAUGUGAUGGCUAAUGAUGACGAGUGUUUCUCCGUCCCGUCUUGAGCAUUAAUGGUAUUUUAACCAAAACAGGUAGAUUUCAUAAAGAAUAUAAAUGAUGGAAGCUUCUGUUCAAGAUGAUUAUUUUAAUAAAAAAAUGUACACAUGUAAAAGGUACAAAAAAUGCUUUGCUGAGAAAAAUAAAAUGGCAUAAAAGAUGUCUCAGUG